AUGGUCUCGUUCAAGUCAUCCUCGUUGUUCCUCCACUCGCUUUCGGCACUUCUGGUACUUACCACGUUGAGCUCCGCUGCGGUCAAUGCGGGCUUUGUUGAAAUGGAGAUCGACACUGAUGAACACACGCAGCCCCCCAAGAACGCCGCGUACGCAUGCGUGAUCAAGUCGACCAGCUGCAAAUCCACGUCGCACUUCACCAGCGAUGUGACGUACAGUCCAGCUUUGAACGUGACCACGUGCCAUCACAAUGGCCCGCUGCGCAACAUGUGGAACCGCGUUGUGCCGUGGAGUGAUGGGCACGGGAUGUUUGUCAACACGUUCUACGUCGCAGAUGUGCAGUCGGAUGUGAGCCGGACCAAGGCGGAUUGCGAUGUAAGCAAGCUGGGUAAGAAGACGGCUGAUGACAUCCGUGAUAUCAUGGAUGAUAACAUCAACACCCAGACUAGCUGCAACGCGUACAUCCAGUGCUACGACAUCAAGGACGUCGACAACAAGUGCUUGCCCGUAUCAAAAGACGAUUAG